AUGUCGUCCGUUGAUUUACCUCAAAAGGGUGGGUUCAGCUUCGAUCUGUGCAAAAGGAAUGAGAUGCUUACACAAAAGGGUCUUAAAGGCCCAGGGUUUCUCAAGACUGGAACAACUAUCGUUGGGUUAAUUUUCCAGGAUGGUGUGAUUCUUGGGGCUGAUACAAGGGCAACUGAAGGGCCCAUUGUUGCUGAUAAGAACUGUGAGAAGAUUCACUAUAUGGCACCAAACAUUUACUGCUGUGGUGCAGGAACCGCUGCUGACACCGAAGCAGUAACUGAUAUGGUCAGCUCGCAGUUGAGGUUACAUAGAUCCCACACUGGUCGAGACUCUCGUGUCAUUACUGCUUUGACCCUUCUCAAGAAACACCUUUUCAGCUAUCAAGGUCAUGUCUCAGCUGCUCUUGUGCUUGGUGGAGUUGAUAUCACCGGGCCUCAUCUUCAUACCAUAUACCCACACGGUUCCACUGACACUCUACCAUUUGCUACAAUGGGCUCUGGUUCUCUUGCUGCCAUGUCAGUGUUUGAGGCAAAGUAUAAAGAAGGUCUAACUAGAGAAGAAGGAAUCAAGUUGGUUGCUGAAGCCAUAUGCUCGGGUAUAUUCAACGACUUGGGCAGUGGUAGCAAUGUGGAUAUCUGUGUAAUCACAAAGGGGCACAAAGAAUACCUAAGGAACUACAUGGAGCCAAACCCAAGAACCUAUGUUAGCAGCAAAGGCUAUUCAUUCACCAAGAAAACCGAGGUUUUGCUCACCAAAAUCACACCAUUAUCUGAGCGAGUCGAAGUUGUAGAAGUGGCUAGUGAAGCUAUGGAGGAAUGA